AUGAGUGAUGAAAGGAAGGCCAGAGAAAAGGUGGGACCUCUCUGGAAGGAAACUGAAGACCUGGAGAUGAGGGAUAUGGAGAAAGCUGAGGUGCUCAGUGCCUUCUUUGCCGCUGUUUUCACCAGCAAGGGCUUAGCCACACUGCCUAAGCUGCAGAAAGCAAAAGUAAGAAUGUGCCCCCUUGAUAAAGUCAUUCGUGUUGUUCCUGAGAGCGAGAGGGAGACACAGAUCCUGAAGGCUGCAUUUAACAGGCUUAAGGUGGACUUGUGGCAGCCCAGCAGCACCUUCCACAUCUCUGAAGGUACGGUCAUCGAUGUGCAUGUGCCACAGAACACGUCCCGAAGUCUGCUACCUUACCUCCAGCAAGCCAACAUCCACUACACGAUUCUCAUAUCAGAUCUACAGAAAGCAAUAGAAAACCAAACAGAACAGAGGGCAUCUAGGCAUCGAAGGUCUCUACCUGCAUAUAACUAUGAAGUAUAUCAUUCCCUGGAAGAAAUCGAGGAAUGGAUGUAUUAUCUGAAUAAAACUCAUUCAGAUCUUGUUCAUAUGUUCUCUGUUGGAAAAUCCUAUGAAGGAAGACCGCUGUUUGUACUUAAGCUAGGUAAAAGAUCACGACCUUACAAGAAAGCUGUCUGGAUAGACUGCGGGAUUCAUGCAAGAGAGUGGAUUGGCCCUGCCUUUUGCCAGUGGUUCGUGAAAGAAGCUCUUCAGACAUACCAGACUGAUCCUGCCAUGAAAAAGAUGCUAACUCAGCUGUAUUUCUAUGUCAUGCCUGUAUUUAAUGUGGAUGGAUACCAUUAUAGCUGGACAAAUGAUCGGUUCUGGAGAAAAACAAGAUCAAAGAACUCCAGGUUUUGGUGUCAUGGGGUUGAUGCUAAUCGCAACUGGAAAGUGAAAUGGUGCGAUGAAGGGGCCUCACUUCACCCUUGCGAUGACACCUACUGUGGUCCCUUCCCUGAGUCUGAGCCUGAAGUAAAGGCUGUUGCUCAUUUUCUUCGCAAACAUCGUAAACAAAUAAAAGCCUACUUGUCCUUCCAUGCAUACGCACAGAUGUUGCUGUACCCUUAUUCUUACAAAUAUGCAACUAUUCCAAACUUCAGCUGUGUGGAAUCUGCGGCCUAUAAUGCUGUUAAUGCUCUUCAGUCUGCCUAUGGUGUAAGAUACAGAUAUGGUCCUGCAUCCAGCACUUUUAGUUGCUGAUUCUCUAUUUCAGAUGUGAGUUCUGGCAGCUCUAUGGACUGGGCCUACAAAAACGGCAUCCCAUAUGCGUUUGCGUUUGAGCUGCGCGACACCGGGCACUUUGGAUUUUUACUCCCUGAGACACUGAUCAGACCAACCUGCACAGAGACCAUGCUUGCAGUUAAAAACAUCACUUUUCAUCUGCUGAAGAAAUGUCACUGA